UGCACGACGCUUCUCCCCGCGUCGAUUGGCAACCCUGAUGGCCCGGCAUUUCGAGCGGAAUUUGUGAAUCUUGUACUUAUCCACUAUUUAACCACGAUCUUGCCAGAAUAUGCCGCGUGUAGCCAAGCCGAAAGCCGCUGCGCCGGCCAAAAAGGCGGUGCCGGCCAAGAAGGCCAAGAGCAAGCUGUACGCGAUGCCGGAGAAGGUGAAGGAGGGCACAGUUUUUACCGAUUUGGCCAAGGGGCAGUGGCGCAUUGGACCCUCCAUCGGAGUUGGAGGAUUCGGCGAGAUCUACGCCGCUUGCAAAGUGGGGGAAAAGAACUACGAUGCGGUGGUGAAAUGCGAGCCACAUGGCAAUGGUCCUCUCUUCGUCGAGAUGCACUUCUAUCUGCGCAACGCCAAGCAGGAGGACAUCAAACAGUUUAAGCAGAAGCACGGCCUCAAAUCCCUGGGCAUGCCCUACAUACUGGCCAAUGGUUCCGUGGAGGUCAAUGGUGAAAAGCAUCGAUUUAUAGUCAUGCCGCGCUAUGGCAGCGAUAUCUCCAAGUUUCUGGAGCAGAACGGCAAGCGACUGCCUGAGGGCACUGUCUACCGACUGGCCAUUCAGAUGCUGGACGUCUAUCAGUACAUGCACAGCACUGGCUACGUUCACGCCGAUCUUAAGGCGGCCAACAUACUGCUGGGCCUGGGAAAAGGUGGUGCUGCGCAGGCGUACCUGGUGGAUUUCGGUCUGGCCUCACACUUCAUCACAGGCGAUUUCAAGCCGGACCCUAAGAAGAUGCAUAAUGGCACCAUAGAAUACACAUCCAGGGAUGCCCAUCUGGGUGUGCCUACCAGACGAGCGGAUCUGGAGAUUCUCGGUUACAAUCUCAUCGAGUGGAUGGGCGCGGAGUUGCCAUGGGUCACGCAGAAACUACUGACUGUACCUCUCAAAGUUCAAAAGGCCAAGGAAGCAUUUAUGGAUAACAUAGCAGACAGUCUCAAGACGUUGUUUCCAAAAGGAGUGCCCGCUCCAAUUGGGGAUUUCAUGAAAUAUGUCUCAAAACUAACACACAACCAGGAGCCGGACUACGACAAGUGCCGCAGCUGGUUCUCAGGAGCGCUCAAACAGUUAAAAAUUCCAAACAGCGGAGAUCUCGACUUUAAGCUGAAGGCACAGACCAGCAGCAACAAUAACCUCAGUCCACCCGGCACGAGCAAAGCAACAGGAGCCAGGAGAGCAAAGAAAAUUGAUUCGCCAGUCUUGAACUCAUCACUAGACGAAGAAAUCUCCGCCAGCGAAGAGGAUGAAGAGGAAGAUACCCCACCUCGCAAGAAGACUGCUAAAAAGGUCUCCCCAUCAGCCCGAAACGCCAAAGUUUCGCCCUUGAAGCGAGCAGCUGCUGCGCCUGCCGCAGAGAGCUCACCACCCAUCCAGAAGCGCGUCAAGACUGAGCCCAAGUCAACUCCCAGGGAGAGAGCUACACCCAAGGCCAGUCCCAAGCCAAGGAGCACACCGAAGGCCAGUCCCAAGCAGACACCCACUGCAGCGCGGCUCAAGACUCCCAGUGCUGCCAAGAUCAAUUUCAGCCCGUCUAUUUCGCUGCGCGGACGUCCCGGUGGCAAGACAGUGAUCAAUGAUGACCUCACCCCACAGCCGCGUUCCAACAAGACCUACGAGUUUAACUUCGAGCUUGACGUUAGCAUGGAUGCCAACGUAAUUGUGAAUGUCAAACGCAAAAAGAGGGCGGAUAAAGAUAAGUCCGCUGCCGUUGAUUCACGGACACCCUCAUCCCGCAGUCUGGCGUCCAGUGUGAAGGAGGAGGGCUCUCCCGCGACCCGAGUAAAUCUGCGCAAGGUAAACGGUCAUGGCGACGAAGGCGACUUCUCCACAUCCGGUCGCAGUCCGCGGACACCAGCGGUCACUGUGCGGAAAUACCAGCGAUAGGAGUUUUUGUUUUCUCUAUUUUUACAUUUGUAACCUCUAUAAUAAAAACUUGAAUUAUUUUCUUACA